AAAAAUAUUUAAUACUAAUCAUGGCUACCCUCAAUGUGCAUAUAAAUUUGAAUCAAUAUCAGUUGAUUUUACAGUAAGAGAAAGCCAAAAAUACUUAUUAACUACAAAAACGAGAAUUUCCAAAAGGUCCAAUCAAUUUUUACGAGUAAAGGUUCAACUCAGUUAAUUUCUCAAAUUGUAAAAUUAAUGAGGUGAUUGGAUGGAUUCUCAUAAUAGCUGUAAUCCUAUUAGUACUUAUGAUGGCAACAUCUCUUAUCUAAGAUUCAGUGAUAGGAUUCGCCAUACCAUUAUUAUCAGUUGUUACAUUCUUCAUAGUAUAUUUAAAUUGGGUAUCUAUGAAGUUUUUUGUAAACUCAUGAUUUUGAACAUUCUAUUUUGUAUUGAAUAAUAAAAC